CAGGAAGUGGUUGAGAGAGAGAGAGAGAGGAGCGAGCAAAGACAGUCAGAAGUGUGUCGUGAGCUACCCGCAAGUUGUCGGAAAGUUGUGAAAUUAUUGGGCUACUUUUAAACACCAACAGCGAGUCAACGUUUAGUCGGACGAAUGUACUCUCCCCUUAAGACUGGAUAAAGGAAAUCUGCCAUGGACGGUGGCGCCUCGCUUGAUUAGGUUAACAUGGGUAUGAAUGGCGGGGGUUUAUCAACUUUCGCAUAAAGCCAGUGUCCUGCGAGAUAGUAAGGUUUUUGCGCGAUAGGUUUAGCUAAACAGAGAAGUGAACUUGAGAGCAAGGAGGGUUAUAUUUGCGAGAGGUAACGGUGCUUUUCUUUUGUCUCUAUUUUACCCUCUCUGGAUCCUGUUAUCAUGACGCCGGACCUCCUAAACUUCAAAAAGGGAUGGAUGUCCAAACUGAGCGAGAGUGGAGAGUGGAAGAAGCAUUGGUUUGUUUUGACUGAUGCUGGACUGAAGUACUACAGAGACUCAAGUGCAGAGGAGAAAGAUGACUUAGACGGGGAGAUUGACCUAAAAUCCUGUGUGAAGGUGUCUGAGUUUGAUGUGGAGAAGAACUAUGGGUUUCAAAUACAGACGCAGGAGGCCGCAUUCACGCUGUCUGCCAUGACAGCUGGGAUCAGGCGGAAUUGGAUAGAGGUUUUAAAGAAGUCUAUCCGGCCCAGCAGCUCCCCAGACCUCACACAAUUACCUGACAGCAGCAGUGACAAGGAAAACUCCCAUUCUCGCUUUCCACUGUCUUCCCGUCGCCCGUCAUCACGCCUUGGCGACCAUCAGUCAGCAGUUCCGACCUCUGCCCCUCCUGCCCAGCGUAGGUUUGACUAUGUUGAGCUGUCCCCUGUUCCUGCCUCCCCCGGCCCUCUCCCAGCCAGUCAGAGAGAAGCAGGGGAGGGUCAGGGGAGGGAGCACAGCCAAUGGCAGGAGGAGAGGAACACAAGCAGCCAGUGGGAGGCUGUCUUGUCCAGGAAGGGCACUGGCGUGGGAUCGAACCAAAGGCUAUGCCCAGAGGAAGAAAUUGAGAAAAAGUGGGCUGAGUUUGAGCGCAUGCCGUUAAAGGAGAUGAGCUCCUUACCGCCAAUGGGAUCACGGUCUUCCAGCCAGUCAGCCAAUGAGGCGCUGCAGAGGGAGGUGGCGUCACUGAGGCAGCAGCUGGCGCAACUACAGGGAGGAGGGGGAGGGGGAGGAGGUGUGAAAGGUGGCUGUGGCCCUGAGGCCCCCUGCGGCCGCAGCCUGGCAGCCAUGGAACGUGCACAUCGACAGGCGCUGGAGGAGCUGCAGCGGCAGCACGAGCGCCAGCUCAAGGGGCUAGAGUCUGAGAAGGACAGGCUGCUGCUGGAGGAGACCCAGGACACCGCACGAGUAAUGGAGGCUUUGAAGAAGAAACACAAAGAGGAACUGGAGAGAGUCAAAAGGCUGAGCAGUGGGGCGCUAGAUCUACAGACGUUACGAGCCCACCAACAAACAGAAAGUCAGGCCUUGCAGAGAGAGCUGGCUGGACUGUCUGAGCACUACUCCCAGAAGUGUCUGGAGCUGAACCAAGCCGAGCAGAGCAACGCUGAGAGGGAGAGGGAGAUCAGCCGCAAGGAGAGAGAAAUGGAGCAGCUGAGGAAAGAGAACCAGGACUUAAAGGCCCGUUUGAAGGAGGAGAUCAGUCGUAUGCGAUCUGCUAUCGCAGAUCAGGGGUCAGAGGACAACAAAGACGGGACGCCCUGUGAACUCCAGGUUCUUCUCAGGGUGAAAGAAAAUGAGAUGGAGUACUUACACAAGGAGAUCAGCUGCCUAAGGAAUGAACUGCAGUUUCUUAGCACGGAGAAACGGCUGGCCUGUGAGCGAUAUACAGAGAUGCACGAGGAGCUGAGUGUGAUGAAGGGCCGGAGCGAACGAGAGAUCCAGAGUCUAAAGGAGCACUUGAGGCUGGCCAUGGCUGCUCUGCAGGAGGGGCAGAAGCUGGGUAACAGCCUGGACCACUGAGAGUCUGCUGUUGGUACUGAUGCUCUGGCAGACAGUGACAGGUGAGCCUGCAACAUGGUGACUGAAUCAAAGAGGUAUGCAGAAAAGCAGAGGAGAUGGUUGUUGUACAGUUCCGGCUGUGUGGGGACCACGAUAGUGCCUUAGUUUUCAAUCAUUCUGCCAAUGAGCAGUAUAGAGUAGCUAUUAGCUGGUUUCAUUACACUGGGCCACACAUGAUAUAUAAAACUGCACUUUUCAUUUUUUAUUAUAUAGCUUUUGUCUGCUUUUAGUACAAGCGUGUAUGAGUGCCCAUUUGGUCUGAAAACUGGAAUAUCUGUUGAGUGACUUAUUUUUUUUUAUCAGGUAUUGUAGAUAAAGAGUUCAUACUGUAUCAGCUUUUUUUUGGAUAAUCUUCUCAUUGCCUCUGUGUCUUCUGCCUGAGACAGCAGGGGUCUAGACCGUUACAUAAGAGCUACUGUCAUCUCUGUUUUUUUAAAAUGUUGUACAGCUUUUGAGUCAUGUUUACUCUGUGAAAAUGGCACACGUUUCUUUAGAAAUGGGAGCUUAUCAUUUGCUGUAAUAAAUUUUGUUUUUACCUGGAAAACAAGUGUGCUUCUGUAGUAUUGUGUUUGUGAAUAUGAAAUUCUGAAAAACUAUAUUGGGAUUUAUACAGGACAAGACAGCAAAGGUUCCUUAUUUCUGAUAGGAUGGAUUGGAAAUUGAUCUGUUUUUGUAUAGAAGCAAAUUCAGGCUCAAUUUUCUUGCGGGGAUGCUUAUAAAAGCUGUUUGAUGAAUGUUGUCCCACGUCUUUGUCUUUAGUUUUCAACUCCAAACUUCCACUCACCCCUGAUCAUUAUCGGCAUUUAUGUGCUGCCACCACCACAACAAAUGACAGGUGUUGCAUCGAUGAGCCAAUUUUUUUAUUGACAGUAUGAAUUGUGAUAAAAUGACUUAACUACCUGCCUUUUGAAAAUAUUUACAUAUUUAAUGUACUGUAGAUGCUGUAUCAUCUUUGUAAAUUAUACACACUUUUUUGCAAUCAAUAAAAUAAGUUCAACAGAAA